UAAGUACAUGCAAGAGAUUUUAAUGAAAAAUAAUAGUUGAAAUAAAAUUAUUUUCACUCGAGAUUUAUUUACAAUUUUAAUAAAAAAUAAUAAUUUAAAUAAAAUCGUUUAGACUCGUGUUUAAAAACGUUCUGAAAUUGACCUCUGUGCAAUCUAAUGCCGCCGACAAGUUUGAGAAAUCGAAAUAUGCAUUAAAGUUGAACACAGAAUCGGCCAAGUUUUAUUAAAUCUCUGAUAAAAAGAUAAAAAAUUAAAUAUUUGCUUUCAUUAAUAAGAGUACGCCAUUUUAAUAUCAUUUAUCGCCUUGCUUUGUUAGAAAAUUCCAACUCACAAGGGAAGGCUUUAUGCAAGGAGUAAUAAAAAAAUCUUAGAAUAAAAGAUAAAAAUAAUUUUGCCACAAAAUGCGUUUAAUAAUUCUACUAAUUCUAAGUACAAUCCUUCAUAACACAUACGAGACACCAAACAAAGUGAGAAUCAAUGCCCGCGAACCUAAAGCACCAGCCACUAAAGGUGCUUUCGACAGUAUACGCAGCAGUCUACGCUUCGGGUGGUCUUUGUUCUCCAACAAAUUCGCCGAUAUUCUGGUGGUGAAGAAGAACAUCAUUGCUGCAUAUCCAUUGCAACUAUUUUCCACCAUAAUCGAUAAACUAUGUUCCUCCAUAUUGCCUAUGUACCAUGUGCCAGCCAAAUUUACACCCGAUAUUAAAAAAAUGCAUUUUCAAUACAUCACUUCUUGUAAAAAUUAUAGUGUACCGCUGAUGGAGGCGGAAAAGUUAUGGCACCACAUGAGCUUUAAUAAGUUGCGGAAAGUUGUGAUUUUAGCAACUGGUUGGACAAAUACUGUAAAUAAUUCGUCACCGUUAGCGUUGCUUUCGAAAGCGUAUCUCUGCCGGAAGGAUGUGAAUUUUAUUAUUGUUGACGCUGCAUUCUAUGUAGAUACGCUGUACAAAUGGUCCGCACUGAAUUCUGAAGAAAUCGGUGCUUACAUUGCAAAAGGUCUAACGCAUUUGGUAAAAGUAAUACCGUUGAAAAAUAUCCAUCUAAUAGGACAUAGCCUGGGUGCACAUAUAAUGGGCACUGCUGGACGUACAUUCACCAAGUUGACGGGUCUACAAAUACCACGCAUUACCGGUCUGGAUCCGGCCAAACCAUGCUUUCGCAAAAACGACACACUCAGCAGUUUACGAAAAGGUGAUGCCAAAUUUGUGGACGUUAUACAUACAAAUGUCGGCAUAUUGGCGAAAAAGGAGCCUCUUGGCGAUAUCGAUUUCUAUCCUGGUGGCGCGAAUGCGCUACCACCUGGCUGUAUGACAGCAGCUUGCGCACACUCACGAGCGGUAGAAUAUUUUGCCGAGAGUGUGUAUCCGGGAAAUACAGCAAAUUUUAUCGGUUUCAAGUGUAAAAAUUGGAAAGCGUUAGAGAAAGUUAAAUGUAAUCAUGAAAUAACCUCGCCCAUGGGCUAUGGAGUGAAUCAUCAACGAAAAGGCAUAUUUUAUGUGCCAGUGAACCGAAAGUCACCGUAUGGCAAAUCGGCUACACUGAGCAGUACACGAUGGGAAAAUGCCAAGUGCAAUAAAUGUGAAGAUAGUCGAAGGUUGAGGAAAGAUUAUCGAAAGGCUAAUUUUUAUUAGGUAAUUAAAGAUAAAAAUAGUAACUAUAGUAUGAAUAUAUAAGUAACACAGAUUUAGAAAUAUUUAAUGAUGUUUUACUCAAUGUAUUAUAUAUGUAUAUACAUAUAUAUAGUCACUGAGUCCGAAAAUCCAUAUAACUUGCAAAGUUUACAAAUAAAAAUUUGUUUGUUUUUUAGGUUAGGUUAGGUUGAAGCGGUUGUCCUAUUGGACACACUCAGGCUCAUGGUCCAUUGUGAUGUCGCAUGGGGAACUUGUGUGUGUGCUUUUUAAAAAUUUUAGAAGAUCCAUGAUUUCUGCAGAACUGAGAUCUUCCUUCUCUUAAAUGGUAAACCUACUUCUGGUACAGAGGGUGCGAGAUCAUCUCUUGCUCAUCUAGACACCUUCUGCAGAGGCUAUGUGUGUGCAUAAAUGAGAUCAGUGUGCUAAGAUUGUGCUUAGUUUGGCUUGGUAGAGAUUCUGUGCAUUUAGCAUUGAGAGUCGGCCACAGUUGCCGGGCGAUUUUGUAAGUGAUUUUACUACGCCAUCUUGCAUUCGCUGCUCUUACAAUUUUCUCAAAAAUAAGUAGCUUACAUGUCAUUGGCUGUGUAUUGAUCAGUCAACUUGGUGCCAAACCUGCUAGUUCAUAGGCUCUGCAGUUGCCUUCAAUGUCGCAACGUCGCAAUGGCCAGGAACCCAUGUUACCUUUAGGUGAAAUGACUCAGCCAUCUCGUUAAGAGAUGUGCAGCAUUUCAUCGCUAUCUUGGAGUUUGUCGACUACUUUAUGAGGCAUUUUAUCGCCGCCUGGCUAUCAGUGAAAAUGUAAAUAUCAUAACCAGGUAUCGCCUCACAUUGUAGCAGCGUCGCGGCUUUCAUUAUUGCCAUCAGUUUAGCCUGAAAUACGUUACAGUAGUCGGGGAGCCGAAACUGAAGGAGAUCCCCAGAUGCUCGGAAUAUACAUAUUUACACCUUCGCCCACUCUGCCUCCAUCUGCCUGCCAUCUGUGUAUACAUGGAUGGACUUGCUUUAUCUUACAUCGUCCCGUUCCCACUCUUCCCUUGAAGGUAGGGGGGUCGUGAACGUUGUAGUGUCAAGUGUAGGCGGGAGUGCAUAGUCCGAGAAGCUCCAAAAUGCCAGCCAGUUUUUUACCGUGACCGCAGUCCAUGUUGGACCACUUACUUAAGGUGUUCAGCCUUAUUGCCGCACAUCGCGCGAUAUAUCUUGCCUACGGAUCUACCAGAAGGAAGUUUAAUGUUGUUGUUGUAGCAGUAACUUAGAAGUUUAAUAUCGCAUAUAAUGCUUUCAAUGUUGUGGUUCACAUCAAACCAGUUAUAAGAACAGAUGCGAGUCUUUUAAAAGUGUUUAAAUAGAUAAAAACAAAUUUAAAAACAUUCAAGCAUAAACCGAAGGUAGGAAUUUUUAUGACCUUUAAUUUGCUAUGUAACUUGUUUUGAGAUCGGAUAACAGAUGCUCUAGACAUUAGAAAUUUGUAUUGUCUACCUUUUCUCUUUAGUCCAAAGACCAAUAUUUAGCGAUAUCUCGAAAACUACUAGAUCAAAAAAUUAUUAUGUAAAUCUUUGAACUCAGCGAUCGACUUUACAUAAGAAUUGGAUGAUCUGAUUCUUGGAGUUUUUUGGCUGCACGGCGUUAAAUAAACGGUAUAUUCGCCUUUCAGCAUCGACCUCGACAUAGAUUCACAAUACUAAAAUACCCAUUGCAAAUUAUAUGAUAGUAAUAUACUUAUAUUCACUAUUGUAUUAUUAUUGAAACAGCUGCCUGCGAUUUGCUAAAAAAUUUCAAAGCCACUUAAAAAAUAAAUAUGUAUGCUUCCGCCUGUGUAUACAAACAUAUUAGGGAUGCUCAUACUGAGAUAGGAAGUAUUAAUUAAUAUGUAUACUGCGAUAAUUUUAACUUUUUUUUUAAGUUAAAGUGUAUGAAAAAGCUGGAAUAAAAUAUUAUUGUAAGAAAGUUACAUUAGGCCAAAUGACAAAAUUUUCACUUUUCUCCAUGCAAAAAGCUGGUGUGAGUAGGCAAUAUUGCAAAUUCAACAACAAAUUCAGCGAUAUGCUCGUUUGCUCGAAGAACAUUAUACUCCAAAAAAUGUGUUUUUGUUUUUUAUAUUGUAUAAGUAUGCAUAAAUUAGUACCAGCUCUUUUUUCUGUAAGAAAAUCUUAGCGCUUUUUAUUAACAGUUUCUCAUUCGAUGAAGAUGUGUUUUUUCUUUUACUCUCCUAUGUGUAUUUACUUACUCUUACUCUUAGGCACGCAAUUAAAUAGGAAAAAGUAAAUUCAAAAUUUUGAAGCAGUUUUUCUCAAAUUUUUGGAUUUUUCAGUUAUGACGUUAUUCCAGCAAAUGAGCAAUAUGCAACUCUUAUUUGAAAAGUAGUGUUUUUCGUAAGAAAAUGUUAUGUGUAAUAAAUUUAGAUUUCCGUAAAAGGACUCAGCUUUAGAUUUUUGCUACUUUGAAAAACGCAUUUAAAUGUAAUAAAUCAAAGUUUUUCGGUUUUGUGGUCUAAUAUUAUUGUUUUUAGCGAAAAGAGAAAUUUAAAAUAAUAGGCGAAAAUUCUUAAUUUAUGUAAAUAUGACUUUUUGAUUAUAUGUAUUGUAUUAUAUACGAUUUAUUCUUGUUUGGAAUGCAAUAAGUGCAAGGUGGCGCAAAUCAUCCAAUUUUGUUUCUGAAUAACUUUUUCCAAAAUAAAAAAAAGAUUUUGAAUGAAGAAAAUCUUUAUUUUGACCUUUAUGCGCUCUAUUGCUUGUCUGUUUACUAUAGCUGACUAGUUCACAAGUCCCAAAUAUGAUUGACGAACGAUGCCAUUUGCAUAAAUUAUAAAUCUUCAGAUUGGGUGAUCAAUUUCGCGCCACCUUGUACUUGCAUAAAGGGUUUUCCAAUAACAGGUGCUACAGGUGAAUGGAUUGCGCUAUCGAGAGAUGAUUAACGAUUUUGUAUGGCCGGAAUUGGAUGGUAUUGGUCUGGACAACAUUUAUUUUCAACAAUACCUCUUAUUAAAAAGCCCUAUGUGUAUGAAAAUUUCGUUUUUAUAGAUUUUAGUUUAUACUUCCUUUAAGUUUUUCAAAAUAUAAUUCAAUACAAAUUAAAUAAUUACUUUAAAAAAUACCUUUA